AUGAUGGCUGGGCACCUUUGUGGUACAUUUCUUAUAUUCAUUGCAACCUUAAGUCUGAUUUGCGCAAAUGCAUCCAGGUUGAUGCCAUCAGAAUUUCCAGAGGAUUUCAUCAUUCAUGUUGACAGUGGCUCAUCAUCAUCUACUGCGACUGAUGAGCAAAAUGGAACCAAUGGGCAGUCCUAG